UGUGUUGUUAUUUUCCAUUAGCGCAGGAAGCUUAUGAGCUGGCAGGGGGUGGAGAAAUAGAAGAGGAAAUAGAGAAACCUAGAAGAGGCGAAGCAUGCGACCCUUAUCGUUUCAGCUGAGAACAUGUUUGUCCCGGCCACACUGCUGCUGCUCCUGUGUGAUCUGGUGCUCCUCAGCUGUGCCAACAGCACUCUACCUUUUCUGGAUGACCUGGCACCUUUCAAGGUAGAAUUCCACUCACUGAACUUCAGAAAUGUGCUGCACUGGAGACAGCAUCCUGGUGCACCAGAGGAUCUGCAGUAUGUCGUGCAGUAUAAAGUCUAUGGAGAGAAGCAGUGGAGUGACGCUAAGCUCUGCCAGGCUAUUCAUGACUUUCAGUGUGACCUGAGCCAGGAGACAUCAGAUCCCAGGGAGUGGUACUACGCCAGGGUACAGGCCGUAUCCUUCAAGGGUCUGUCACCGUGGAUCAUCAGCUCCAGGUUUCACCCGCGAUGGGACACCACCUUCAGCCCACCACAAAUAAGGCUGAAUCUGACAGAGCAAGGUAUCGUGGUGCACAUCAGACCUCCACGGUCCCCUCUUCAAGGACGAAAGCAGAACAGGAUUGCAGUUACAAAACUACAAAAGCUGAUAUUCAGGAUAUACCUCAUCCAUAAUGGCAUAGACAAGCAGGACACCUACGAAACAGACGGCUGCUCCAAAAAGGUUUUGAUUAAGGCUUUAAGUCCCAAAACUGCCUACUGCCUUCAAGCUGUAACAGUUACACCUCCCUUUGGCCGUAAAAGCACAAGAAGUCCUAGUACCUGCAUCACCACUGCAUGAAGAUCAGGAUACAGGGUCUCCCACAGUUCGCAGCUCAUCAAACAUCUCCUGGAUCUCCACCCUCCAGUCCUCUUGCAUUGAAUGAAAGGAGUCCUGUGGCAUGGUGGCCAUCACAGCUUCCUCUAUGGCGGUCAGCUGCUCCAGGAUGGCAGCGAAUGUUGGCCGGACGUGGGGAUCCUGAUCCCAGCAUUCUACAAGUUAACAUAUAAAAUGAAUACAGAUUAAAAUUUUCAAAACAAUGUUUUGCACUGAUUCUGAUUCAAUUGCAUUUUAAGUAAUUAUGGGGCUAAAAAUGUAACAUACAGAGCAUGCAUCUAUGUUAAAGUCUUUCUUCACUGUCCAAUAAAAAACAGGCAUCUCUAGUUUUGUUGAUUUUACAUUUACUACAUCAUUUGGACACAGACUGUGUAAUUGUUUCAAAAUUUCUUAAUGAUUGAACCAAUAAAAAAAAUCCCUAACUGGACCUGAGUUCCGUUGGAGUUCCAUCUAUGGAUUUAUCUAUCUCUUGCUGUUUUGGAGACACAUGUUUUUCAUUGGACAGUGAGGAUAUGGAGUACGUAAAGAGUAUGUAUUUUUUAUUUAAAGCUUUAGUGAGAACAGUAAAGCUUGCACCUUACAGACAUGACUCACUGAUUAAACAUUCCCUGAUGUAAGCUAUUAUAAUGCAUCCUGCAGGUAUGUUAGGGUGUUUCAGUUUCACAGUUAAUGAUGUGUGAUUAGAUGGUUUUUACCACUGUCUACCUUUCCAAUAUAGAUACUAAAUGUUACAUUUACCAUCUACAGAUUUUUUCCCCCGUUUGCUUUUUUUUAAAAACCUGCAGAUCUCAUUCUAUCUGAAGCACAACUCCAGCCCUUGUUCACAUCUCUGCAUGUAAAGAGGACAUGCACUUCAUAGGGUUUGUAAAUUGGCUCUGCAACCCACUUCUGCUAUAAAUACUUGCUACUCUGCUCGUUGAAAAGAUCAGACAGUGGAUUAAAAGCCUGUGUAAAACAUAGCUAUGGUGGCCAAAAACAAACUAAACACCAGACAUUCCUUUUAAAAUGUAAAUAUUCUGAUCAAAACUAUGCUGUACCCUGAUAUUUGUGCAGAGAAAUAAAACAUUUGACUUUAAAAUGUAGUGUAGUUAUAAUAAAAAGUCAGUUGCAAUUCA